AUGAAUUCGUCUCAACUCAUUGUCCCCCCUCGGGGAUUGGUGCUGGUGACCGGAGUCAAUGGCUUCAUCGGCUCUCACAUCGCAAACAACCUCCUUGGCCUCGGCUAUCAAGUACGCGGUACCGUCCGCUCCUCGGACAAAGCAGCCUGGGUCACAGAAUCCAUGAAAGAGCGCAACCCUUCUAGGCACUUCGAAGUUGCGAUUGUCCCAGAUGUCACCGCACCGGAUGCAUGGGGCAAGGUUAUCCAGGGUGUUGAUGGCAUUGUCCACGUUGUGACAGACAUGUCAUUUGACGCCGACCCCAACAAAGUCAUCACACCCAUGGUACAGGGCGUAAGAAACUUGCUUGCAGCCGCGGCUACGGAGCCAACAGUUAAGCGUUUUGUCUUCACGAGCAGCGACCGAGCGAUAUCCAACGUCAUCAAUGGCAAGGAAGUGUCGCUUGACUCAAGCAUGUGGAACGACUCAGCCGUUGAGAGCGCGUGGCGACCGCCGCCCUACGAGGCCGACCGCGUCUGGGACGUCUAUGCGGCUCUCAAGACUCAAUCUGAACAGGAGAUUUGGGCAUUCGAAAAGGCAGAGAAGCCCAAGUUCAUCAUCAACUCGGUGCUUCCUUGCUUCAACAUUGGGCCAAUUCUACACCCCAAGCAGCCUGGAAGUACUGGGAAAUGGGUGCGAGACUUCUGGAGAGACCCUGGCCAUUUCAAGGAUCUUCAGCAGUUUGGUGCCUCGUGGUACAUUAACGUGCAGGACACGGCGCUACUUCAUAUCGCUGCUCUCAACCAAGAAGAAGUGAAGGGGGAACGUCUGUUGGGAUUUGCAGGUCCCUUCAACUUCAAUAGCUGGCUUGAUAGUUUUCGUCAGCUGGAUCCAGCAAAGGAUUGGCCGGCCGAUGAUGCAUCCCAAGAGCACAACUUGUGCAAGGUUGAUACGGGGAGAGAGGUGGAAUUGUUGAAGCGAUUCGGACGGAGUGGUUGGACGAGCUUCUACGAGAGUGUAAGGCAGAAUUGUCUCGAAAGUCGCGAAUGA